AUGACAUCUCACAACGCCCUCGACAGCCCCGACUUCUAUACGAUCGCUUGGAUAGCUUCUCUACCGAUCGAGCGGGCAGCUGCAGGAGCGAUGCUCGACGAGGAACAUGCGGCUCCAAUAGGCUUCAAUCGACAUGAAGCCGACGCGAACAUUUACAAGUGGGGUCGCGUGGGAGAGCACAAUAUUGUGAUUGCUUCUCUGGCUGCCGGAGUCUAUGGAAUCACUUCAGCUGCUGCCACCGCCUCGGGUCUGCUUGCUUCUCUGCCAUCCAUACGUAUUGGUCUUUUGGUGGGCAUAGGCGGCGGCAUCGCUCGACCGGAAGAAAACCACGAUAUCCGGCUAGGUGACGUUGUCGUGAGCCAGCCCUAUGGGACGAAAGGGGGCGUCUGCCAGUACGACUCGGUAAAAGCAAAGACUGGUGACAUACGUGAGCGCAAUGGCUUUCUCGGGCGGCCUCCGUUAGUGCUGCUCAAUGCUCUUAGCAGCAUACAGGCUGAACACGAGCGCAAGGACUCAAAGAUUCCCUGCUUCCUUCAGGAAAUGCUGGAGAAGAACCCGAAGAUGGGCAAGAGAACCAAUCAAAAUCCUGGCUAUUUUCAUCAGGGAUUCGAUAAAGACCGCCUGUUUAAAUCUUCAUGUGACCACGUCCCCGGCUCAGACUGCCAGGGCUGUGACACGACUGGUGAGGUUCAACGCGAACCGCGAGACACUACAGAGCCAGAUAUCCACUAUGGGACCAUCGCAUCCGGCGACAUGCUCAUUAAAGACGCCGCUGUGCGCGAUCAGAUUGUUGCUGAAAUUGGCAAAGAUUGCAUUUGCUUUGAGAUGGAAGCGGCUGGCUUAAUGAACCUAUUUCCCUGUCUGGUGAUCCGAGGGAUCUGCCAUUAUGCCGACUCUCAUAUAAAUGAUCGAUGGCAAUGCUACGCCUCGGCGACCGCCGCUGCAUAUGCCAAGGAGCUUCUGGAGCAUGUGCCGGCUGCAGAAGUGCAAGAGACCAAAAGGGCAGUAGAAGUGCUUCAGUUAGUCCAACAACAGAUUGACGAUGUGCAGCAGACGACGUUUGCAACGAAAACUACGAUUGAUUCCAUCAGGUCUGAACUUCAUACCGAUAAGAUCAGGCGUUGGCUUUGUCCACCGGACCCGUCUACAAAUGCCAAUGAUGCAAUGGCACUUCAUCAUGAGGGGACAGGCAAAUGGCUAUUAGAGAGUCCCGUCUUCCAGUCGUGGUACUCGGGCUCAAAUCGACAUUUAUGGCUGCACGGGCUCGCGGGAUGUGGAAAGACAAUUCUCAGUGCAGCUGUGCUUGAUCAUCUUGCGAAAAAGAAGGAUUGUCUGAUUCUCAACUUCUUUUUUGACUUUAGCGAUACAACAAAGCAGACCUUGGAUGGAAUGCUGCGGUCGCUCGCUUUUCAACUUUACCAAGCUGGAGCUAGCAGCCCUGCACAUCUAUAUGCUUUGUUUCAAGCACACCAGAAUGGCGGCACCCAACCUUCGAUGAAGACGCUUUUCAAUGCUGUCUCCAGUAUGCUAGAAGUUGAGGGCAGAGUUUAUAUUAUCAUAGACGCAUUGGAUGAAUCGAAAACAAGAGAUGAUAUUUGCCUGUGGAUCAGGCACAUGAUGUCCAAGCCAGAGCUGGGCCAUGUUCAGCUGCUCUAUACCAGUCGACCUGAGUCCGAGUUUUUGCGUCAUAUUCCUCGGUUGAUUGGGAAAGAAAACUGCAUAUUAAUCAAUAGUAAAUCUGUCAACUCCGACAUCCAAUCCUGGGUCACAGCACAGCUUUCUCAACGUCCAGACUUUACGGAGAAACCCUUGCCCCAGGAUCUUCUCCAGAGGAUCAGGAAGGAAGUUGGCGAGGGGGCAGAUGGGAUGUUUAGAUGGGCCUUUUGCCAGUUAGAUAGCCUGGCUCGAUGUCGUCACCAGGCAGCUAUGGAGGAGGCUCUUGAAUCUUUGCCGCCAAAUCUAAAUGAGACAUACCGGCGGAUGCUUAUAUCCAUACCAAAGGAAAUAGCGAGCGACGCAAUACGUCUCCUGCAAUUCCUAGUGCACUGCAAGCGACCUCUAAAGUUAAGUGAGGCUAAAGAGGUCAUAGCGACGCGAAUCGAAAAAGAACCAAAAGGGUUUGACACUAAUCGUCGAUUGUUUUGCGAAACUGAUAUUUUGGAUUACUGUUCCGGCUUAGCAACAUUCGUUCAUGCCGACGAUAAAGAGUUGCAUCUUGCUCAUUUUUCCGUUAAGGAGUACCUUCUCGGAGAGGCUCAUUUUGAUAUCAUGACUGCCAGCAUUUCUAUUACAAAAACGUGCUUGGCUUAUCUUACAUACAUCAGCACUAGUGGCAGAAAUAUCGAGCAGAAAUUCCCGAUGGCCAGAUAUGCGGCGGAAUUCUGGACAGAUCAUGCUCGAUUGACCCAAGAUUCCGAAGACAUGGUCCAAGUGAUCGUCGAGUUCCUAGAAACUGAAGCGACAUUCCAACAGUGGGCUUAUGCAUAUCAGCCUGAUAAAUUCUGGGACAAUAGUUCUGGUUCUCCAGAGAGUUCCAGGCUGAAUUAUGCUUGUUUUGUUGGACUAGAAGCGUCCGCAAAAGCUCUCAUUGGCAAGGGAGCGGACGUCAACGCGCAUGGUGGCUACUACAAUAACGCUCUUCAGGCUUCCUCAGCAGAAGGCCAUCGGGAUAUUGUCAAACUGCUCUUAGAUCAGGGAGCGGAAAUCAACGCGGAAGGUGGCCACUACGGCAGCGCUCUCCAGGCCGCCUCAGCAGAAGGCCAUCUGGAUAUUGUCAAGCUACUCUUAGACAGGGGAGCAAAUGUCAAUGCGCAGUGCGGGCCCUUCGGCAACGCUCUACAGGCUGCUUCAGUUGAAGGCUAUCAGGAUAUUGUCAAACUACUCCUAGACAAGGGAGCGGACGUUAAUGCGAAGGGUGGUUUCUUUGGCAACGCUCUACAGGCUGCCUCAUUGGAAGGUCACCACGAUAUUGUCAAACUACUCUUGGAUAAGGGAGCGGAUGUUAACGUGAAAGGUGGCUUCCUUGGCAACGCUUUCAAGGCCGCUUUAUUUGGAGGCCAUCAAGAAAUUUUCAAUUUGCUUCAAAGGCACUAUAUCACAUCGCUUGCAAAGCAUUUCGGCUUUAGAAUCUCAAGCAGCCCGGCAAGAAAUAUUUGCCUCAUGGAGUAG